GCGUUUGUUUCUUGUUUUUGUUUCCUACGACGACGUCACAAGUCGUCUGUAAGGGCGAGUGUCAUUUUACUUCCAUUUCGAUGGUUUACUUGUGAUUUUUGGACUGUCAGUGGAUCCCAGUUAAGCUGUAGGUUACAUCUUGUGGUAUGUUUGAAUGAGCAGAGUGUUGCCCCUGUGCCAAUGGCCAGUUUGAGUGUGCCACUGCCACUGCGCUGUGUCUCCUUGAGGAGCCGUAACCUGAAAUGUUGGAGUCAAUCUUAUCCUGUGUUACUGCACAGAAGACAAAUCCCAGAGCAAAACAAUCAAGCCUUAUCUUACUCAACGGGAGAAAACAAAUCAAAAAACGCGGACCUUGAAGAAAAGCGGAAACGGUUUCAAGAGCUUGAAGCGAAGUAUCAAACAUUUCUAUCUCUAGAAAAGUUAACACCGGACGAAAAGACAAUUCAUUUCCUUCAUGCCGAAGCUGUUGAAAGGGGUCAUUUUACAUAUGAUGACCCAUUCUUAAAUGAGAAAAUUCUGACCAGACUACGACACUUCCUGAAAGGAAAGUGCUGUGGAAAAAGCUGCAGACAUUGUAUAUACGAGCAUGUCAGUGUUGUGGAUGAAAAAAAGAAGGCUGAAGCACGAUUCAACUCGUCAUUUUGGGUUUAUGAUGGAGACCCUGAAGAAGAUUCACUAGACGAAUUUGACGAACAGCACGUAGUGACUUACGGAAGAGGACCCUAUCCCAGGCAAUAUGCUCAAAAUGCCCCCAAAAAUAUGAUAAAAAUUAUAAGUAAUAAGCCAAAAUAGAAAGGGGAUGGGAUAUUGCUUGAAUAAGUAUUAGAGGGUAAGAGUUAUGUAAAACCAUGAAAGAGCUGUGAUAUAGGAGUGAAUAGUUCACAGCGAUGUGAUGCUAAUAAUUAAACUGAGGAGGAGCAAACUCAAA